UAUGAAUACUUGAGUGGUUCCUGUGAUAUAUUAAACUGCCUGAAGGCGGUGUAAACCUUUUAUCUCGUGAGUCAGCCGCAAGUGUUGAGAAUAUCACUUGAGAUCUGGCUUGAUGGGCGGUAUGGGCUUGUAUGUUUCAGUUUACUAACGGGGUGACGUUCGUUGUCGACUUUCAGUUGUUUGACUGACAGCCGUGCUGUAAACAGGGAUAGCAACACAAGGAAACGAACAUACCAGUGACUAGUCUGGCAUUUCUGCUGUUCGGACAUAGAACCGUUUUUGUUUACCGUACCCGAGUGAUCUGACCAAGUCGUGCGGAUUCUAUACUAACACACCAUUGUUAGUUCAGUGAUGGUGUUUUUGUGAGCUUUCUCUCCUGGCUCCUCACUUGGGAUUUUAUAUUUUUAACACGUUUUGGAUUCUUACAACAUAGCUGUGUGUGUUUCAACAUCGAACAAGAUGUUGACGUCGUCCUCGGUAGCUCAGUAUAUCAACCCGGACUACUUACAACCCCUUCCUACCACGCUUGACGCGAAGAAGAGUCCACUGGCGUUACUGGCCCAGACAUGUAGCAGUAUAGGGAAGGACACCAACUCAAAGUCCUUAAUACCGCCAUUAGAUAAAAAAGAUAGCGAGAAAAACAACGACAAAUCUAACAAUGACGGACACAAACGUGAAACAAAAGACAAGGAAUCCAGUUCUAACAGUAAACCCGGAUUUAGGACAAUUCAAAGCAAAGAUAUACCCCCCCUUGUACCCGUGUCACGGUCUAGCGAGGACCAGAAAACGCCGUCUCCAUCUCCAUCCAAAUCCUCUCCUCGUCCCCCUAAGGAGAAAACAUGUUCACCUCAGGCGGACUUGACCUCUGGACCACCUCGAUCGAUCAGCUCGCACAGCUCGGGGUCACAUCGCAACAUGACGGACAAGGACGAUGACAAGAGCAAAAGACCGGGGUCAUCUCCAAGGUCACCCCACAAGUUUACUCGUGACAUUGGUUCAUAUGGAGAUGUAGCUAAGUCAGUGUGUUCUACGUCUCAGUCGGCCUACAGUGGUUAUUCGUCACUAUCUAGUUCCUACCCCCAUUACACCCAUGCUGGUCACGGACUUUCACCAGACGCAGCUGCCGCGCACUUCGCCGGAUUUCCUUUACCUUUACCAGCACAUGGUGCUUUUGGUUCCUCUUCCGCUGCUGCAGCUGCACUAGCAGCACAAUCAUCUGCCCUGGCCGCUCAAUCAUCGGCUCUCAAAGCCGGUAUGGGAUCUUCGUUCUCCCCUUACGUGACGUACGCCCGUGUGAGAACACCCUCUGGAGCCACAACCCUCGUUCCUGUUUGUCGCGACCCAUACUGUACCCAUUGCCAAUUGACUGAACAGAACGCACAUUUAUCAUCCACAUGUACGGCAGUUGGUUGUGCUCAGUGUGCUCAUGAAAAAUCUCUACAAAAUUUGAGCUUGGGACUAAAUAGUUCUUCAUUCUCACAUUUGCAAUCGCUUUCAGCAUCAGGGCUGUUAACAUCUGUUCCAUCCAGUUCGUUACAUUUAUCUUCGCCAUUAUAUCACCAUAGUGCUCUGAGCGGGCAUACUCAGUCGGCAUUUCCCUUUGCCUGUAAUUGGGUAUCGGCCGGGAAUGAACAUUGUGGUAAACGAUUUACUACAUCAGAGGAACUAUUACAACAUCUGAGGACACAUACUACAGCGUCAGACCCUCUCUCUCUGGCAGCAAGCUAUGACCGGUAUGGUUUGGCUGCUGCUGCGGCGGCUGGCCUUCCAGGUCUCCAUUUGCCCACACCUGGCUCUGUUAGUCCCAAUUCCCUACGAAGGAGCUACCCAACAAGUCUGAGUCCACUGUCAGGUCUGAUGGGGUCGAGUCGCUACCAUCCGUACAAAACCAUGAUAAACCCCCAGGCUGGGCUCAGCAACGCUCAACAUCACCCCGGCCUCAGUCCCUACCUCUCACAUUACUCUCUGUAUGGACAGAGAUUAGGGGCAGCCGCUGUGCCCUAAUGGACGUUAAUCCAGGACGUUGCUUACAUUGUGAUAUUGUGUUAGUGCUGGCAAUAUAUAUAUGAUAUAUAUCUAUACAAACUCGUGUAUUACUGACAGUAAUUAAGACUCUUGAUGCUAUACAAUAUUAGAAUGAUAUAACGAUUUUUUCUUAUAAAGUUCUACUGAAUUACAGAAAUUAUUAUAUAAAAUCCAUUUUCUUUAUUGACUGUUUUAUCUCAGGGCAGAUGAAAAAAGGCUCAGUUGUAAAUUUUAGAAAUUUGAACAAUAGUGCUCAACUUCAGUAUUUAAGAUAAAUGUGAUUGUGAAAGACUUAUUUAUCAUAUUGAAGAGGCGUUUAACGUCAGGCGGGAUACAACGCAUGGCGACGUAAUUAUGAAUUCUCUGGAUUCGAGGUGGAAUGCCGGAGACUAAACAUGCAAUGUUGUAAAGAAAUCAUACAUGAAAUGUAUUAAAAUCUAUUGUCAAUUAA